CAGUCGCUCGUGUUUACAAACAGAAUCACAGAGACGCAGUGGGAACUUUCGACGGAUUUUACUAAAUUUUACAGUUUUUAUAAUGGUUUACAUCCAUUUUCCAUCAAAUUUAACCGAAGAAGAGCUAAUGCUCCAAGCAAAAUAUGCCAAGCUGAAGAAAAAGAAAAAAGCGCUACAAGCUCUGAAGGCACCCAAGCAGGAACCGGAGAAGAAUCUUAUUCCCAAACGGCCCGCCGAUGCCCGUGAUGCUCGGGAGGUUGCCCGGAAACUUAUCAAGAGUGGAGCCAUCCAGGCUAUCCAGAAACCGCAGGCAAAGCAGGAAAGCUCCUUCAAGCGUCCCAAAGGUCAGGAACGAAAACGUUCCCAGCAAGAGUCCAGUCCUGGAGCCCAGUACCAAUCGUUUUCAUCGGUGGAAACUCCGCCGGCCAAUCCGGCGUCCAGUCCCGAUACGCCAACGGAAAAGGAUCCGGCGCGUACGCCGAAUCUGUAUCAGCAGUUUGCCAACGAACGUGACAAGGAGGAACAAGCUGGCAAGGCCAACAACGAUUCUCCUCGGGACAAGCCGCGUUCGGGCAAUACGGUGUAUGUUUCCGGCAACAAGGUGACGGAAGAUUUCCUCAAGAAGCAUUUCAUCGAGUUUGGUGAAAUACUGAACAUUUCCAUGGAAAUUGAAAAGGGAAGAGGAUUCAUUACCUUUUCGAAAACCGAAUCGGCAGAUAAAGCGAUUAGUGAGCUUCACAGCAAGACAGUUGGUGGGAUUCAGCUUCAGGUGCAACUUGCAAGACGGCAACCGCAAAUAAAUCCAAUCAACGAUGCUGGGUCAUCUUCGACGUGGUCUGCAUUGGCUACCUAUCGUUCACAGAAAGGCAAACAUAAGGACAACCGAGAGUUGGUGUGUUAUGACCAUGAUGAUAUAUUUUAGGCUUAAAGUAGGUCGAAUAAGAUGAAAGGUAAGUGUUCGCAUUCUUUUGAAUACGCCUUUACGGAAAUGAUCGAGCCGGUUCGCCUAACUUCUUCCUAAAGGAAGUUUUUUAGAGGCGUGUGAAAAAAUUCUCUCGUCAACAUUUUACGAAAGAAUCGUAAACAAAAUUACCUCCCUCAAAGCAAAUGGAUUACAUACAUUCAGAGACUUCACCGUAGAGUUUUGAGGCUUCCUGUUUAAAAUGUUUUCACAAAUCUUGAGCAACAUCCCAAUAGUUGUUAUCAACAUAGGUAUUCGUAUUCGGAUUAAAUAAUGACAAAACAUUCAAUAAGCAAAUUCAAAUGUUCGGUUUAAGGAAACUUGUACUUGAAUCAAUUGAUCAGUAGUGUCAGUAGGUUUAAUAAUUUGCUUUGAAAUUUUGAAAAUAAUUAUCUAUUUUUUGUAGUUCUUUAUUUGCUAAUCAUCAUAAAAACAAAUGGUGUGUUAAAAUUAAAUAAAUUUCAUUUAAUGAAAUCAUUUCUCACCGACAGGGCGAGUUACUUUUCGCGUUGAUAUGACGCGAUAACUUAUCGAAGUAUGUAUGAUUCACAACAGAACUUUAUUGUAAUUUUAAUUUACGUAAAACACUUGAAAAUAAUAAUAGAGAAUGAAA